AUGGGUAGAAAUUUCAAGUUGGUUUUUGUUUUGGUGGUGGCAAUGGCUGUGUUGCUCGAAGGGUCGAGAGUGUUGGGUUUGUGCAAUAUGAGCGAUGAAGGCUUAGCUUCUUGCAAGCCAGCGGUGGCAAAGGCAACUCCCGAGAAGCCAAACCCAGAGAAGCCAACUCCCGAGUGCUGUAAGGCUCUCGAAGGAGCUGACUUGAAAUGCCUGUGUGGAUAUAAGAACUCGUUUCUUUUGCCUUCUUUGGGCAUCGACCCUGUCCUUGCCAUGGCUCUUCCUCCUAAGUGCAACCUCACCCCUCCUGCCGAUUGCUAG